CCCUAAAUCAAGAGUCAAUUUUGUCUUCGUUUCGCAGCCAACCUUCUUCUCGCAAUCAAGAGGGCAUUUCGUAAUUGUAAGUGGAAUUGAAGAUGCAGUUGAGGUUCCGGCGAUUGCGUAUUGCCAUUUGGGCUUUGCCGAGGGUUUAUUACGGUACUUUGCACGGUGGCUAUGGGGCGGGGGUCAAUGCUUUGACGGAUAUCCGUUGUACAGCUGCUUGGUUUAGUCCGAGCAACGGCGUGGGUAGGAGGCAGGAAUUGGCGAAUUAUCAACUGCAGAGAUAUUCAACCGUACCAGAAACAAAGCGUGAGGUGCUCUCUGUGAUUGAUAUUUUACCAUUCAUUCGAUCUUCUCUUCAUAAGCCUAGAGGCCCUUUUCACUGUUGGCUUAACACAAUCACAGGCAACAAGAAUUUGUUUAAGGAAGAUGGAAUCUUUUUAUUUCUUAUCGAUGAACAUCUUGAACAUUCUUUGAAAGCUACUCAAAAUUCAGUUAAAAUGUUUGAAUACGCAAAAUCACUUCAGCAGAGGUAUCCUUCCCUUCAAGUUAUGGCUUUACAAUAUGGCAAAUCAAUACGUCUGAAUGAUAUCCCUACAAAUUUGCUCCAGAGAGUAAUCAAGGAAUACUUUGUAUUUCCUAUUUUGUUGUCUAGAAAGGUCAUUGAGGUUGCAGAUGUGCCCUGCUUCAUCAUAUCCAAAGGCUUUCAGAAUCCUAUAGUCUGUUCUGGUGUGGAUGUGGAUCUUAAGGUGCUUGAUAAUGCCAUUUACCAUCUCAAUGCCGAAACCAGGAAGCAGUCAAAUGUGGAUGAUUUCAACUAUAGCCCUUGGGCGAAGCCCAUUGAUGCUGUUAAAGAACCUGAUAUUUGUUCUGCUUCACGAAACUUACUGUUUCCUUUCCCAGGUUGCAUUUCUGUUGAUGAGAGCGGUAAUCGCCUUUUUCUUUCGGACGUAAACCACCAUCGCGUCAUUAUGUUCAAUAACAAUGGGAAAAUGUUAGAUGCCAUUGGUUCUUCUCCUGGAUAUGAGGAUGGAGAAUUUGAAAUUGCAAAGUUAAUGCGGCCUGCAGCUUCGUUUUAUGAUGCAUCUGAUGAUUGCCUUUACUUUGUUGAUUCUGAGAACCAUGCCAUCAGACGAGCUGAUAUGGAGACAAGGGUUGUUGACACAGUUUUUCCCAGAGUGGAUGGAAGUACAAAGUAUAAAAGUUUAUGGGCAUGGAUUGUGGAUAAAUUAUGGAGGAAAAGGAGACCAAAGAUGAAAUCCGAAGAAUUUAAUUCUGCAUCAUUUUUGUUCCCUUGGCAUCUUCUAAAGUCAUCGAAUGAUGAUCUCUUAGUACUCAAUCAAAGCCUUGGAACUCUAUGGAUAGUCGAUUUGGAAUCCGGCCAAAUCAAGGAAGUUGUAAAAGAAUCUUCAAAGAUUUUGGAGAUCUGCGGCCAGAUGAUCCUGGAAAAAUUGGCGCCAUUGAGCCAUCUGCCUUCUGAUUGGUUAGAUCGGCACUCCAGUCACUGUUAUUCAUUCGAGGGAUUGCCAUACGCCGGUCUUAUGUCUUCUGUCGCAACUUGCCAGGACCACGACUUAUUUUGUAAUACAGUUGGUCAGACAGUAGUCAAGUUCGACAGACGAACUGCAUCAGCAUCGACCUUGAAAUUCUCGAACUUCGGAAUCCUUGGGCUUCCUUAUUGGCUUGGAUCGUCCUCUCCCGAGCACCUCUACGCCGCAAACAAUCCAUCAGGAACAGACAUCGAUCAUUCAGAAGGUUUUCGCCUAUUGCCCGGCAGAGUCGAUAUAGAGCUGAAUGUCGAAAUCCCUCGAGACACUGACCUGGUAGAACCUCCACAAGAAGGAAGCAUAUGGCGCUUUGCUAGAGGAUCAGCUAUGGAAGUCUCAGGAUUAGAUAAUAACGCGUCGCCAGUAGAAAAGAUCGGGCUUGCUCAGCAGUGGUACGACGAACUCGACAACCUCACCUUCGCAAUACCGGACGAAGAAUCAAGAACAGAAGACAAAAACGAAAUCCCCAUUGAGGAAACGCCGGACGGCAGAGUUCGCAUCGGUUGCACUAUCGACACCAGCCCCGGAACGAGCGAGGCUGUUAUUUACGCCGCGCUUUACUUGAGGCUGAAGAAGAAUUCGAACAAAAUCGAUACUCAAUGCGAAAAAGCGUCGAGGAUUGCUGAUGUAAUCGAUCCGAAGAGAAAAUUCGACAGGGACGUACUUAUCAAGACUUUGAUGAUGCCCGGCAGAGACCUCGGCGAGCUUGUGUUCGUAAGACCGAUUCAUGUUAGGCUUCAGUUCAACGUUCGCGACCGGCCGAAAGCUGAUAAGUCGAGACGCGAACUCCUGACUGAUUCUUCGGUGAAAGUUGACGUCUCGCUGUAAUUUUCUUCGUUCAACCGUCGAGCUCAAUUCCAGCGAAGCCUUUUUGCUCCCCGGUUGACUCAUCGUUGCUGGAGUACAGUGUCGCGACGACGUUACGACGGCUCCGAUGGGUUUCGACACAGGCGGAAUUGCGGUAUGUUAGGGUGUGUUUCUUUUGAUUAGUUUGCGAAAAAUUUUGAUUUGAGUUUGGUAUUAAAAUAAUAUUUUAUAGUAACUGAUAAAAAAAAAUGUAUUUUUCGGAGACGCAAAAUACCAAAUAGUAAAAAAGUUUGGAAUUAUAGGUAAAGAAACACACCCUAAUUCUUGUCACGGUGGUGUUAUAUUACGUAUUUUGGUGAUUUUAGAGACUUGCGAUUAUUGCAUAAUUAAUAGUAACAAAUAAUUUGCUCUCA